AUGUUGUGCAGCUUUGCAGAUGAAUUUAGUCUUCUGAUUCAACUGCGGAGCUCACAAGAAGAGGACCGGAGUGUGUUGACUUUGCUGAACUUCUAUAAUCACAUUUUACUCCAGAUCCGUAUAGGCCCACACAGCAUCACCUUCAUCACCACACAGCAGCGUGACUAUGAGUUUUCAGUGUCAGGGCUGUCUGACCCGCAGUGGCACUGGAUCUCAGUUGGGGUUGCAUUUGAAUGGCUGGCUGUGUAUGUGGACUGUGUGCUGGUGGAGAAAGUGAGCUGGAUGUACCCGUACAUGGGCAUCACUACAGAUGGCCUGCUGAUGGUGGGAGGAAUCCUGGAGGGCUUUGAGACACCCUUUGAGGGAGAGCUGAGACAGAUGACCUUCAUAAUGGGAGAUGCAAAUGCUGCCAAGGAUCACUGUGCUCUUCAUCAGCAUAUGUGUGAAUCUGUGAAAGAACGUGGCUUUCUUAAGACAGAAAGUAGCACUGAGAGCCCUUUGUCGUCCUCAGCUGGCUCAACAGCAGACAGACCUUUCUCAUCAAAUCCCUCUACUGGCAGAGAUGAGACUGCCAAUAUACAUUCAGUUCCAGGGCUCCGGCCUGAACCCAGAAAAUCACAUGGUUCGAACUCCAGUGUCUCUUCUAAGAAUGAAGAUCUUCGUAGUGAAUGGGACAUGUCAUCUGAUUCGAACAGAACUUCAAAGCAUUCGGUUCGUGGCUUUGUAGUGGUGGACGAGUCUGACCUUCUCACGUCUCCCGCUGUCAGCACACAUAGCAGGUAUAAGGACACCGGUGAAAAAAAGAUCCAGUCCACCACCUUCAAAUCAUCAGAGGAGAACUUCACCUCUCAAAAACUGAAAGCAGAUUUGGGUGGAGGCCGUCUUGAGCGGCUCCCUUUGAAGCCCUCUGGGGACAUUGCUGACCUGGAUUCUAUUUUGAAUGUGAAGACAUCAGCUGGUCAGAAGGAUCUGGUCAGGCCUACAGUCUAUCCUGAGUUAAACCAGCUGAUUGAAGAAGGUUUCUUACUUCCUUCAAAGGGCUUCAAAGUAGAUAAAAAGCAUUUGGUCAGUGUUCACUCAAAAAAAGGAUAUGAAUCGCUUGUAGGCAAAGGACAAGCUGACUACAAGCACUCAAGCAAGAAAAAAGUUGCAUUUAAACAUGGUGAUGUUAUGUUAGGCAUGGAUGGAAGGAGAUACCGGCUCCUCAGUGGACCUCCAGGGCCUGUUGGACCACCAGGGAGAACAGUGAGUUACCACAAUUAA